CGCUGUUCCGUAGCAAGAGAGUCCAUGUGAAGUUUUGUUCGGACAGGACAGAACGACUUUCAUUCUGCGAAAAUGGCUAAGAUAUCGUUGCUGAGAGUGCUUCUCAAUGAACGACUAACAGCGGCUGCUGAUGAGAUAUUUGGGGCUGUUGAAAAAACGGUGGCAGAGUACCAGGAAGAAAUCACUCGUUCAAAGGAGGAGAACGAGAAGCUACGGAGGCUGCUUGAUAUCGUUCUUAAACCAGUGAUAAAGUUGUAUAGAGCAGACCUACAGCAGCGCACCCUCCCUGUCUCUGAAAAGGUUCAUCCUGAGCAGCAGCACUGUGAGCAGGAGUGGAGCCCCAGUCUGGGGAUGGAGGACCCAGAGCCCACACAGAUUUAUGAACAGGAGCUCAGGACCAGUCAUGGGAGAGAGCAUCUUCAUGCUCUGGAGUCCAAAGACCCUAAUGUUAUAUUCACUAUUACUUGUGUCAAAAGCUUGUGUCAGAAUCAGGACUCAACUGAGCCUUCACAUAGUUACCAAACCGAAAGUGAGGAAUAUGGACAGGGAGCCUCUCUACCAAGCACUUCAAUGGAACAGAUCAAAACAGAACCUGAUGGAGAUGGCUACAUGUCAUUAGAACCAACCAGUGAACCUCAGCCCCUCUCUGCAUUUAAUCACUGUUCUGCUAUUCAGUGUGAAAACAGUGUAAUCCUCAGUGUAGAUCGUGUGGCGAGUGGAGAGCUUCCAUCAGGGUCAAAGCCAUCGGAAUCAAAGAGAGCACGGUGCCAGGUCUGUGAUGAUUGCUGUAAGGUAAAGAGUACUCUCAUAAAGCAUCAGAAGAUUCACAUAAGGGAAAAUGGAGCAAUGAAAUGGCAGCAGGAUCGAGGACCCGCUGCUGCCACAGGAAGCCAAUCCCUGGACUCCACUCUUUCCCCACCACCUUCCCGCCGCCCAGCUGUGCCCUGGUCCAAUGCAUGGCGCCAAAAGAGGAAGGGGGAGGAGUAUGCACACGCCCAGCAGCAGGGCGCUCUUUACACGAAACGCUCUAAUGUAUACCGCUCGAAGGUUCACCCUGACAUUUCCAUUCCUCGUCUGACACCAGAAUAUGAUGAACUGCUCACCAAACGCAGCGGGGGUCGUCCGGACCGGUAUGCUGUUUUGUUAUUCCGUGCAUGCGUAACUGAAGAGAGAUACCGCGAGUGGGAACAGAAUACCAACUGGGAUGGAUCACGAGGCAAAUUUGGCUUGCCAAUGAACCUCCGAAUGUUCAUCAGGGCCACUGUGUCUCAGAAGUUUCCUUCCAUGAGUGAUGCAACCCGAAAAAACAUGAAAGACGGCGUAAAUGAGUACUUGAGGUCACCGAGGAAGUCUGGACAUGGACUGCUCUAAGGAAUUAGGCAUAUUGCAAACCGAUCUCAUAAUCACUUCCUUUCCUAGCUGAGGUGGUUACAAUCAUAUGCCUACAGUAUGUACAGUAAAAAUCUCAUUGUCCUGUUGUGUUUUGUCACACAGUACAGGACUCUAAUACAAAUCUGCAUUUUGAAAGUCUUAAAAAAUUUAUCUAAUUCUAAUAUAUUUAUUUUUAUUAAUGAAAACACAGAUGUUGAUGAAAAAGUACUCUAGAUGCUAUGUGUUUAUUAGAAUACUGGGCUUACAGUAGUGAUGGAGGCUGGUCACAGUUCACGCCUUGAUGAGCCAUUAAAUUGGACAAUAGCGAGCCGAAACACUUAAUAGAGUACCACAGUAUUAGUCAUAAUACCCAUUCAACCUAGUGGUGAAACACUGAAAUGGUUCCAAUUGUUUUUCCACCAUUCAUUUUUCCCAUAGGGGAUUUUAGAAACACUUCCAAUAAGGGGCACCCGAGUGGCGGAGCGGUCUAAGGCACUGUAUCUCAGUGCUUAGGGGGUCUGUAGAGACGCCUCAGGUUCGAUUCCAGGCUGUAUCACAACCGGCCGUGAUUGGGAGUCCCAUAGGACGGUGCACAAUUGGCCCAGCGUUGG